UAUGGAUUGGAUUGCACUAUCAAAAAAUCAAAAUCAUAACAAAAGAAUCUUCUAUAAUAACAAAAAAUAAACAAUAAGUCAAAAUUUCUAUUAUUCUUUAUUCUAUUUCUAUUUACCUAAAAAUGGAACAAAACUGUGAUAUCGAAGAAACUACCGAGGAUAUUUAUUUAUUAGCCGAGCAGAAAAUUCAGUUUGGAGAAAACCUAAGGCGAUUUAUUGACCAGCAUGGCAAAAUAGAUGGUUUGCAAAAACUCAGUCGAAAAAUUAAUCAGGAAUUAAAAUUUCUGGGAAAGGUUUACAAAAGCAGGAAUCUCAAGAAAGAACAUUUACAAUGCUCUAACCUGACCCAUUUCUCUGCUCUAGUAGAUACAUUAAAGACAGUGGACAAUUGUCACAGUGUUAACAAAAUAUUCACUUUGUACAAUAGAAAAACUACUGUGGAUAUUAUCUGCGAUAAUGGACUGACCUGGAUGAAGGUGAUAGCAAGAAAUCCUAAAUCGUUAAGUCAAAUUUAUAUGGGGAAUGCUAGCUAUGGCGUUAGGAGUAUUGUUGAUCAAGCCGAGGAAUAUAUCGAGUGUGCUAAAUUGCAUCCAUGCUUAUUCCAGACACCUAAGGGUUGGUUUGACUCAAAUAACCUGGUUUUGAAUGUCGAGAAGACACAGCUACUACGUUUCUCAUAUCAACGGGAUUGGUCUCCCACUCAGUUUGUUUGCGGUGAUGGUAUACCUUUGAACACUACAAGAUCGGCCAAUUUCCUGGGGGUCAAAGUGGAUUCACGGUUGGACUGGAGUGACCAUAUUGACUGCCUGGCUGGCCAAAUAUCAAGGCACUGCUAUGCCCUGAGGGUGCUGGCACGUGAGAUAGUCUUUGUAUUCACCAAUGGAAUUGGUAACAAUUUAGCAACCAAAUUGGAGAAACUUGGCAUAAUUGUGAAAGGAAAUCGCACAAGUGUUCAUGAUAUUAUUGAAGAAAGUGAUUCGGAAGCUAGCGAAGACGAACACUCAAUACCUACAACCCUCAUCAAUAAUUACAAUGAACCACUAGAAUUAUCCACAAAAAAUAUAGAUAAUAUUAAAAAGGUAAAUUUAGAUGUUUCCGCUAUGUUGGCCUAUUGCUGUUCAGUAGCUAAUGGAAGUGCAUUUUUAUAUGAUUUUGAUGUACCUGUUCUUAAACAGCAAGCCGAGUGGGAAAGACAAAGACCUGUCAAGCCAAUUUUGGAUAAUUUUUUUAAAGGUAAACAGUUAUACUGUUGUGAAACAGCCAAGGAAAGUUUUGAAAAUAUAGUAAAUACAGUAGGAGGGCCAACAGAAAAAAAUAGAGCAGAAGAAUUAAUGAAAAGAGUAAUAAUUUUGCCAGACAAUGCUACUUUCAAAGACACCAAAGAGGGUAGCGAAGGAAGUGAAAUUUUCCAUCAAGCGCAAUUUACAAAAGGCAAAAUUUUGGACUUGGGUGGAAAAAUUAGACAAAGAUCCUUAACGGUAUUUAUGUUUGGAGAUCAAAUACAAGCUAUAACUGUCACCAGUAAUGAUGGAUUUGUUAGGGCAGCUAAACAACAGAAUAUAAAUUUUGUUGUGUUUGUCCAUGAAUCAAGAGCCCUGACCGAGCAAAAAGAACUGAUUCAAGCAAAGCCACUUAAUUUAGAAGAAAAUAAGUCAACGAGUUAAUAUAUAUUUUUUUUUUACCAGAAAAAUAAUAUAUUGUUAUUUGUUAACAUUGCAAAUUUUGUUUUAUUUUACAAAAAAUAAUUUAGCCUUUGAAAAACUUCUUAUAUCGCUCAUUGUGUUUACUACUAACAACAGGUUCCCAUGUUACGCAGUAAUUAUCAGAAGGUUUCAAUUUCAGUUGAUUUACAGAGUCUACAAUCCAGCUGACAUGUAAAUGUUUUGCGUUUUUAGGCCACUCUACGCAAAUAUCUUCAAUUUUAUUGGUCGAAUGAAAUAUGCAAUUUGCAUUUUUGGUUUUCGCUAUA